UAUAUAAAGAUGAGAUAAACUUGAUUGCUUUCUAUGCUGGAAAAACAAAAAAAAAAAAAAAAAAAAAAUUCUUGAUUGCUUCCUGUAUUUUUUGUGGACGAUCACCUUCUAUGUUAAAUAAUGUAAAACCGCGAAAAGUAAGCAGGUAGGAAAACUGUAGACGAUCGCUUUCUACAUUAAAUAAUGUAAGGGCAACAGCUAGGAUAAAAGGACAGUUUUAGCCCUCAGUGCCCGCAUAAUAGAAGUCUAAAACCACCACCACCAAUAUCAAUAAUACUAGGGCUCAAAAAAAACAAAAAAACAAAAAAAAAAAAAAAAUUAAUACUGAUAGAGCUGAGGCACCAAAAGAAUUAACCAAAUAAACUUGUCUUUCCAAUCCAAGUUUAGUCCCACCAGAGAUAGGUAGUAUUCUUUGGAAGCCCAUCCACAUAGUCUUUUCUGAUAAUCAUCUUAUACAGUGUUACACCUUUCAUUCGCAUUUUUUAGCCUCUUGAACUCCUCUUCUCUAUUGAAAAUCCUGCUCAAUGACCACCGCCGGAAUGGAACGACCAUCAUUUCAUACCGCCAGCGCCACCAACACCACCACCACCAAGUGGUCAUCACGAUCAACAACAUAAGUGGAUAAUGAUAACCAUCACAGUUUUUAUUCCCAUCUCACUUUUUCUUGGAUUAUGUAUUCUGCUUAUAAUAAUUUUUCUCAGACAACUAUGGUUUAAAGUUAAAAUGGCGCAAUCCAAAUCUGAGACGUCAACAAAAAAUGGAGAUAUAUUUUCCAUAUGGAAUUACGAUGGGAAAAUUGCAUACGAAGACAUUAUACGAGCAACAAAUGACUUUGACAUCAGGUAUUGUAUUGGAACCGGUGGAUAUGGAAGUGUCUACAGAGCACGGCUACCUAAUGGCAAAAUAGUUGCAUUGAAGAAACUUCAUCGUUCGGAGGCUGAAGAGCCGGUUCUGAGAAAGAGUUUCACCAAUGAAGUAAAAAUGUUGACUCAAGUACGACAUCGAAACAUUGUGAGACUCCAUGGUUACUGUUUGCAUAAAAAAUGCAUGUUCUUGAUUUAUGAGUACAUGAGAAGAGGAAGUCUGUUUUGCAUCCUGAAUAAUGAUGUGGAGGCUGCAGAAUUGGAUUGGAAGAGAAGAGUGAACAUAAUUAAAGGCAUCGUUCAUGCCUUGUGUUACAUGCAUCACCAUUGCACUCCACCAAUUGUUCAUCGUGAUGUAACAACCACCAACGUUUUACUAAACUCAGAACUAGAGGCCGUUGUGUCUGAUUUUGGAACAGCUAGACUCCUCCAGCCUGAUUCAUCCACUCAAACCGUGGUUGCUGGUACUUACGGUUAUAUUGCUCCUGAAUUUGCGUAUACAAUGGCUAUAACUGAGAAAUGCGAUGUCUAUAGUUUUGGAGUGGUGGCACUUGAAACGUUGAUGGGAAAGCAUCCAAAAGAUGUUUUAUCAACUUUAGCAUCGUCAGCUACCCAAAGUCUAUUGCUUAUUGAAUUAUUAGAUCAACGACUACCACCCCCGAGAAGUGGGUCGAGCGUGCACGAUGUGGUUCUUGUUUCUGCAAUUGCCUUCGCUUGCUUACAUGCAAACCCAAAGCAAAGACCGACAAUGCAAAGUGUUUCUAAAGAAUUUCCUCCUCGCAGGAUACGAGUAACUGAAAGUUUUUAUAAUAUAACAGUUGGGCAACUCAUGAGCGCACAACUCGAUCUAGAUGGCCAAAUUGAAUGUUCAAUUUCAGUUCAAUGAUUGUAUUGCGAUUCUAUAGAGAAUCUACC